GUUUGCUCGCUUGUAGCGGAAGUGACAUCACAACACCAACGCUUCAAAAAGGCUGUGGAGGUUUAACUGUGUUCCUGUGCACGCGCGCUUUCUCCUGAACAGUGAUGUCUGCUCCUGCUGCCAUACAGCAGCCCAGUUACCUGCUGGCGAAUCUUAAAACAGACUGGAGCAAUAAGCCACUACUUCAGCGGUGUCAGGAGCUGUUAAAGGUGAUCGAUGACUACCCUGCCAAGGAGCUUCACCUGGUUUUUCCCUGGCUGGUCGAGGGAAUCUUCGGCAGUCUGGAUGGUGUCAUCGUGGGCUGGAACCUGCGAUUUGUGCAUGCUCGCAUGAAUGAAUAUAACAUCGUGCUGGACUUUCUUGAUCCAGGUGGCCCCAUGAUGAAGCUGGUGUACAAACUACAAGCAGAGGACUACAAAUAUGAGAUCCCUAUCAGUUAUUUGCCAGGUCCUGUGAAGGCGUCCAUUCAUGAAGGAGUUCUUCCAGACUGCCCCUUGUUUCACAAUAAGCUACAGUUCCCCAUGUCAGGCCUUAUUACAUUCAAUCCAUUUGAGUACUACAUGUUCAACUUUGCUUGCAGUCUCAUAUCACCUAAGAACUAUCCUCCUGGACAACAUGUCAGCUGUUCAGACAGUGCUUACUUUGUGCUUGUUGAUGCCUACCUCAAGCACUUCCUGCCCACAGAAGGAAACGUACCUCCAUCUCCUUUCUCUGAUCCCAGGGGCUCUGUGGCCUCUCCAGCUCCACGGUCUCCCAGCGUGCCUUACGUUGGCUAUGGAGUCCACAGCAGCAGCCUGUUAAAGCGUCACAUAUCCCAUCAGCCCUCAGUCAACGCUGACCCUGCUGCUCAGGAGAUCUGGAGAUCCGAAACACUUCUACAGGUGUUUGUGGAGAUGUGGCUCCAUCACUACUCACUGGAGGUAUACCAGAAGCUGCAGUCUCCUCAGGUGAAGCUGGCGUUGCUGCAGUACCGCCUCAAUAUGUCCAGCAUGCUGUGCCAGCCCCCGGCCGCACCAGGCUCUGGGACCUUCCACACAUACCAAGAACCCUUCAGCCCUACAGAGGAACAUGUUCUGGUGGUGCGCCUACUCAUCAAACACCUGCACGCUUUCUCUAACAGUCUGAAGCAGGAGCAGCCCUCGUCCUCCCCGUCCACACACUCGCAUGCCAGUCCUCUCGAGGAGUUCAAGAGGGUGGUGGUGCAGAAAUUUGUUCAGCAGAAGCUGUACGUCUUCCUGCAGCACUGUUUUGGUCACUGGCCUCUUGAUUCCUCAUUCAGAGCGGUGUUAGAAACAUGGUUGAGUUAUAUCCAGCCCUGGAGAUACACAGGAGAGAAAAACAAUACAAAGGCAGAGGCUCAGAACAGAUUGGUCCCUGAUAAAUGGGCAUCCUUUGUACAGGAGAAUCUACUGAUGUACACAAAGCUUUUCCAGGGUUUCCUUAAUCGGGCUUUACGCACAGACCUAGUCAAUGCCAAAAAUGCACUGAUGGUUUUUCGGGUCGCCAAAGUUUUCGCACAACCAAACCUACCGGAGAUGAUUCAAAAAGGAGAACAGCUGUUCCUCGAACCCGAGCAUGUCCUCCAUCACCGACAGGCACGUGUCUUUCUUUCUCCUGCACACGGUGGUAGCUUCCUGUCCUCUCGACAGCCUGCAGGGACAGACGCCGUCUUUAAAGUGAAGAGUCAUGUGUACAGUCUGGAAGGGCAGGACUGCCAGUACAAGCAGAUGUUUGGCAGUGAGCUGCGUGGAGUGGUGCUGAAGUUGAUACAGAUCAUCGCUCAGGCCCGGCAGACAGCGAAGCGGAUCUCUGAUCAGUCUGCUGAAGUUGCAGCAAACAGCUCGUUCCUGUCGUGGUUCAGCAUGAGCUUCUCGGAUCCCAACAACAUGUUUAAUGGAGCAGAGGCUGACGAUAUGGGAGAGUGUGUUAAAAAGACCCAUGAAUUUCUGGACAGAGCCCUGGAUUACCUAUGUCAGAUAUUUCGGCUAAAUUCAGGACAGCUGACUCAGCUGAUGGAGAAUAUGACCUCGACAGAUGAUGACGGCGAGUCAAAACAGCUGCCUGAUUGCAUCCAGAGUGAAAACGGUCUAGUGCUCACAGAUCUGGGCAGGCUGCAGAUCAUCAAUGGCCUUCGCCGAUUUGAGAUUGAGUAUCAGGGUGAUCCAGAACUUCAGCCGAUAAGAAGCUAUGAAAGCGCUUUUCUGGUGCGGACUCUGUUCCAGCUCUCCUCUUUUAUCAACGAGCGGUUGGGAGGCCACAUGGAGACGCUGUGUUCACGGCGGGACUUCUUGGGCCGCGUCAGUCGACACUACCUGAAUGCAUCUCCAGCGUCUGUGCAGAGAUCUAGGAGUCCAGCUCAGCGUCACACGACAGGGAGAUUACAGCGGCCACGGCUGAGUCUGCGACCUCUAGCCAGCUAUCGUACACUGCUCAGCCUGCUGCUGCUCUACCUGCUGUUUGCUCUGUUCUCAUUCGGUCUGUUGUCCAGCACUGCCCUCAUUCUCAUCAUCUGUCUCCUGUAUGAACUGCUCGUGGUCCUGUUUGCAGAUAAACUCAAAACUCACUGACAUUCAGAUGGAGGAUUUUUAUUCAUAACACUCAAUCUGAUUUAAUGUUUAAUUCUGAUUUAAACACUGAAUGUGUGAUGCCUUGCACAAGCUUUUAAGUUUUACGCCAUUUCCUCCUUUAAGGUUCUGGCCUUUAUCCCAAAUGUCACCCAUCAGCUAGGACAGUGUUUGUGGUGUCUGAUGUUUGCUUCUUUGAGGAUAUGAGGUUGACAUUGCCAAGCAAGUAUUAUAAUUUUCAUUCUGAUUCAUUGUUCCAUGAUAAACAGUGAUAAAGUUUUUCUUACUUCUUAGCUACAUUAAUCUAGUAGCAUUUGGUAUGAAGGGACAUUGUGGGGAUUUUUUGUCCCACAUUCUAGGAGAUACUUUGCAGGUACAUUGUACCAUUAAAUUACAUUAAAACGUUAUUUGUUUUACGAGCUUAAAAAGAGAAACAUCAAAGGCAUAAACAGUAAGGAUUUUUUUUUAGUUAUAAUACAGACAGAAUCACAUUCAAAGCCAAAAUGGAAGUGUUGAUUUUAAUAAAAAUCUUUAUCUUUUGGUUAAAGUUCAUGUUUGUUUGUUUUUUAUGUAUUGAGCUGCACAAUGACUCUGCAUGUUGGACAUAAUUAGCUUUUAUUAAACCACAGUGCAGUGUGUAGCCUCUGCACUGUCUCAGUCCUGA